AUGUUUUCCUUUCAUACAUUCACUCCAAGAUUUUUCCAGGCCUCAAUCUCUCAGCUCAGAUCAACACGCUCUACUUCUCUGACCCCAUCUUUCUCUACUUCUCUGACCCCAGGGCUCAGCCAGGAGGCUAUCCAGAAGAUUUACAACGGCACAGAGUGUAUCCGUAACUCGCAGCCUUGGCAGGUGGGGUUGUUUGAUGGCACCAACCUGCGCUGUGAGGGGGUCCUCGUUGACCGUAGGUGGAUCCUCACAGCCGCUCACUGCAGGGGCAGGAGCUACUGGGUGCGCCUAGGGGAACGCAGCCUGAGCAAGCUGGACUGGACAGAGCAAAUCCGGCACAGCAGGUUCUCCGUGACCCACCCAGACCACCAGGGCUCCCUGAGGAACCACCACAAAGACCUCUGGCUUCUGCCGCUGGGCCUGCCUGUCCGCUUAUCCUGGGGCAUCCAGAUGCUGCCUCUGCCCAAGACCUGCCCAACCGGAGAUGAGUGCCACAUCUCAGGCCGGGGCACCACCAACCAGCCAAGGGACCCAUUCCCGGAACUUCUCCAGUGUCUCAACCUCUCCAUCUUCUCAGAUGCCGCCUGCGGUGCGGUCUACCCUGGGAGAAUCACGGACAACAUGGUGUGUGCAGACUGCAUGCCCGGCGAGGAUGCCUGCCAGGGUGACUCAGGGGGCCCCCUGGUUUGCGGGGGAGUCCUGCAGGGUCUAGUAUCCUGGGGGUCUGUAGGGCCUUGAGGGCAAAAAGGCAUUCCAGGAGUCUACAGCAAGCUUUGCAAAUAAGUGGACUGGAUUCAGAAGACCAUCAGGGACAACUGA